CAAGGCUGUUGCUUACAAGUAUCCUACAAAUAAAAAGCCAAAGAGAGAGUCGUGGCGAAAGCUUUCACUUGAUAGUUUACUCCAAUGCUAAAAAACUCCUCCGAUGAUGGCUUCUCCCUCUUCUCUUUCUCCUACGGAUGUGCCCAUGGAGUUGCACGCUCUCAACAGAAAUAAGCUCUUACAUUCAUUCCGCGACCAUCUCUCUCUCUCCUCUCGCCCUCUCCAUGGUUUCAUAUUCCUCCAGGGUGGCGAAGAGCAGACUCGGCACUGCACCGAUCAUAUUGAAUUGUUUAGACAGGAGAGCUACUUUGCUUACUUGUUUGGAGUUCAAGAGCCAGGGUUUUAUGGAGCUAUUGAUAUAGCAAGUGGGGAAUCAAUGCUUUUUGCACCAAGACUACCUGCUGACUAUGCAGUUUGGUUGGGAGAAAUUAAGCCAUUGUCCCACUUCAAGGAAAGAUAUAUGGUUAGUUCUGUAUAUUAUACUGACGAGAUUUCAAAACUUUUGCACGACCAAUACAAAGGAUCAGGAAAACCAUCCCUCUAUCUACUGCAUGGGCUCAAUACUGAUAGUAAUAACUAUUCGAAACCAGCAGACUUUGAGGGGAUUGACAACUUUGUAGCAGAUCUAAAUGCUUUACAUCCCAUUUUGACUGAAUGCCGCGUCUUAAAGUCAGCGCUAGAGCUUUCUCUCAUCCAGUUUGCCAAUGAUAUAAGCUCUGAAGCUCACGUUGAGGUUAUGAGGAAAACAAAAGUAGGUAUGAAAGAGUAUCAAUUAGAAAGCUUGUUUCUUCAUCACACAUACAUGUACGGUGGCUGUAGACACUGUUCGUAUACAUGUAUAUGUGCAACCGGUGACAGCAGUGCUGUACUCCACUAUGGUCACGCAGCAGCUCCUAAUGACAAGACUUUAGAAGAUGGAGAUAUGGCGUUACUCGACAUGGGAGCUGAAUACCAUUUUUAUGGUUCUGACAUAACGUGUUCCUUCCCCGUCAAUGGGAAAUUUACAACGGAUCAAUCCAUUGUGUAUAAUGCUGUCCUUCGUGCACACGAUGCUGUCAUAUCCAAUGUGCGACCUGGAGUAAGCUGGGUCGAUAUGCACAAAUUGGCUGAAAGAACUAUUUUGGAAUCACUGAAGGGAGAGCGCCUUCUUUUCGGUGAAAUCGAUGCUAUGGUUAAUGAGCGACUGGGUGCUGUUUUUAUGCCCCAUGGGCUGGGACACCUAUUGGGGAUCGAUACUCACGAUCCUGGCGGUUAUCUACAGGUAGGAGCGGAAAGACCCAAAGAAGCUGGACUGAAAUCUCUGCGCACGAGUAGACAACUCUUGGAGGGGAUGGUGAUAACGGUGGAACCCGGUUGUUAUUUUAUCGACGCGUUGUUACUUCCUGCAAUGGAAAAUACACGAACGUCGAAAUAUUUCAACCGCGACCAGAUCAGUAGGUUUAGAGGCUUUGGCGGGGUUCGAAUUGAAAGCGAUGUGUAUGUUACUUGCGAUGGUUGCGUGAACAUGACUAAGUGUCCACGCGAGAUAAACGAGAUAGAGGCUGUGAUGGCUGGUGCUCCUUGGCCGAUUAUUCGGACAAGUAUACCUUCUCUCAGUACGAAAACUUAACCUGCCCAAGCUUCGGUUUGUCGACUUUUUAACCGUCUUCUUAAGUAAUCUAGUAUUUGAUUUAUCUUUCUUUAUAAAUUAAUAAACUCGUGUCUUUUUUUAGUUUAUGAUCUUAGUAUUUCGGUCUAAAUUUAUCGACUUCGGAAAGGUUAAUGACUUGAUGUGGAGUUGGAUCUUGCUUAUUUCAAAUAAAUUGGAUUGUUUGCAUCCACCGGCUACUUAGCGACCACGCUCCAAUUAAUGAACUAAUUUUUCAUUC